AUGCCUCCACGAAAACGGGCCCGGACAUCACAAAGAGCUCCACAUACAUCAUCAUCGGAUGGAAACAAGGGUCCAUCGGAUCAAGCAACACCGAAAUCUGGCCAGCCAAAAAGUCAACAAACACCACCGUCACCGCCGAAUAGGAAACGUCAGCAAACACAGCCGGCACCGCCGAAUAGGAGCGAAGGUCACGUGGACAGCCCGGGACAAUCAGGUGAACAUAUCCCAUUAUAUACUUGUUCUAACGGCAUAUUAGAUGCUCACGAACAUGUAAACCUACAUGAUAUACAACAGGAUCAUGUAAACCUACAUGAACAUGUAAACCUACAUGAUGUACAACAGGAACAUGUAAACCUACAUGAUGUACAACAGGAACAUGUAAACCUACAUGAUGUACAACAGGAACAUGUAAACCUACAUGAACAUGUAAACCUACAUGAUUUACAACAGGAACAUGUAAACCUACAUGAACAUGAACAUGUAAACCUACAUGAUGUACAACAGGAACAUGUAAACCUACAUGAUGUACAACAGGAACAUGUAAACCUACAUGAUGUACAACAGGAACAUGUAAACCUACAUGAACAUGUAAACCUACAUGAUGUACAACAUGAACAUGUAAACCUACAUGGACUCCUCCUAAAAUGA